ACUUUCUUUUCACUACCUCGCCAUUUGUAUUAUUACCUCCACGCUCAAAACGCACCAUAGUCCAUUCCACUUGAAUUUACGACAGUAACGCUCGUAGSUAAGUGRAACGGGARAAACUGUGGUCGUGAGCGUGAUCGUUGUGAGCGCUUAGUGGAACGCACCCUAAGAAGAUAGUAGACAUAGUACAUUUCUUUCCAAAAUCGUAUGACAAAAUUUUGAACCCCUCUGCGUGAUAGAUUCUGCACUUUUCAAUCUUUCACAUGCUGGACGUUAUUUAUCAAUAUUAAUCGGAAACUGUUUUAUCGACAAACAACAAUGCAUAUUUCGAACUAGUACAUAUUUUUAUCGUUAAAUUUAUAAACCGUGAUUUACUAGGUAAUUUUGGUACCUUUACAGAUGUUAGUUCAUGUUCCUUUAAAUUAUAAAUAAAAGUACAUAUAUAUAAUACUGUAAAUGAUGUAAUAUAAAAUAAUCAAGUAAAUAAGUUUGUUUAUUAUUAGUAAUUAAGCGAAAUGGUAGAUUAUAUUCAUAACAAAGUUAAAUAUUGUUAAAUGUGUAGAUAAGAAAUGUUGAUAGAUAGUGUGAGAAAUUAUAAAUAAAAAGAAAUAAUCUUUUGCUCGAUCGAAUCAAUCAGACCAAUAUGUCUUUUCUACGAGGAUCUGCAAAUUAUGUUUGGUGUACGACCAGUGUAUUGGGAAAAGGAGCAACCGGUGCAGUGUUUCAAGGAGUUAAUAAAAACAAUGGGGAGCCUGUAGCAGUCAAAACUUUCAAUCAACUUAGUCAUAUGCGUCCACAUGAUGUACAAAUGAGAGAAUUCGAAGUAUUAAAGAAAGUUAAACAUGAGAAUAUUGUUAAACUACUAGCAAUAGAAGAAGAGCAAGAUGGACGUGGAAAAGUAAUUGUUAUGGAGCUUUGUACAGGAGGCAGUCUUUUCAAUAUAUUAGACGAUCCAGAAAAUACUUAUGGUCUUGCAGAAAACGAAUUUUUAUUAGUUUUAGAACAUCUAUCAGCAGGAAUGAAACAUUUACGUGAUAAUAAUUUAGUACAUCGUGAUUUAAAACCAGGUAAUAUUAUGAAAUUUAUUGCUGAUGAUGGUAGUACGAUUUAUAAACUUACUGAUUUUGGUGCUGCACGAGAAUUGCAAGAGGAUCAACAAUUUGUAUCUCUCUAUGGUACUGAAGAAUAUUUACAUCCAGAUAUGUAUGAAAGAGCAGUCUUGCGAAAACCUUUUGGCAAAACUUUUGGAGCGACUGUUGAUCUAUGGUCUAUAGGAGUAACCCUAUAUCAUGUUGCAACGGGAAAUCUACCGUUCAGGCCAUUUGGUGGACGUAGAAACAAAGAGACAAUGUUUUAUAUAACAACUAAAAAAGCUUCCGGAGUUAUAUCCGGUAUGCAAACUUCAGAAAAUGGUCCCAUAGAAUGGAGCAAAGAAUUACCUCAAAAUUGUCAAUUAAGUGAUGGUUUAAAGAAAAUAGUAACUCCUCUAUUAGCUGGCUUAUUGGAAGUUGAUCCACAGAGAAUAUGGAAUUUUGAAAGAUUUUUUACUGAAGUUACAGAUACUCUAUGUAGAAAACCGAUUUAUAUAUUUAAUGUACAUAAAGCCAGCCUAAUUAAAGUAUUUUUACACCCUGAAGAAAAAUUUAUAGCACUUCAGGCUCACAUCCAAGAUCAAACAGAAAUCCCGCCACAUGCUCAAAUACUUUUAUUCGGUGAAAUGCCCCUUACUAAUUUUGUUGAAGAAUCUACACCCGGAAAAGGGUAUCCAAACAUAGAUGACGAUAAGCCUCUUAUGUUAUUCUCGAAAGAAAACAAUAAUGUUAUUUUACCGAUGGAAAGUGAAUUACCGAAAUUUCCAGUUUUUGCAAACCUGGUUUCUGUGGAAAAUGAUGCUAGUCAAGCAAAAGUGGCAUGUUCGGUUGGACAUGUUUGUAAGCGCAGAAUUGAUAAAUUAUCAUUAUGCAGUAAAUUAAUGCAAAACGCAAUAGAAGCUUUUAGCGGACUUUUAGCUACAGAACUUAAUAAGGUAUUAGGAAAGUGCCAACAUUUGAAAGAAUUUACUAAAGCAACAGAAGUAACUGCAAUAGCUAUAGAAAGAAGUGAAAAUUUCACAAGACAAGUACUCAAAAAAUACGCCAAUCAAGUAAGCUUUGAGCCUAAAAAUUGGAAAAAGGAAUUAGAUUUAAAGAGUAAAGAAUUGUUUACCGAACUAGCACCUGCAGUUGCACAACUCCAUCAGAGAUAUAUACAAGGAGGUAGUUUACACGGAGAAUGGGAAAAUAGUACGCGUGGCCUUUGGUGCCCAUGGAGUGCAAAAGCAAGUCAGCGUGCUACUACUUUAGUCGAUCGUUUAAGGGAUGGCUGGCAACAUUUAUUAAGAGAUAGGGCUACACGUAGUCUUACUUAUAAUGAUGAGCAAUUUCAUGUUUUAGAACGUAUAAAGGUAAUGGAGACAGGUCGUCGAAUAAAAUUACUUCUCGAAACAGAAUGUAUACCAGCAAUGACUCAACGAUCUGAAUGUGUCGCUGAUUGGUAUAAAAUGGCACAGACUGUAUUUCUACAAGCUCAAAUUUUAGACAAAGACGUAAGUAAUUAUGAAAUUACCCUGGAGUCUUAUUCUUAUAGACUUUCUCAAGAAAGCAAAGAACGACAUGAUAGUCUUUUCAAUUUGUUGGAUGAGCUUCAGGGGAUAUUUAAAACGAAUGAAAAAGCAAAUACACCUGCUGAAGAAAGUACAAAAAAAUGGAAAAAGAUUUGUGAUCUGCAAGAACAAAUAACUGUAAUUCUCUAUGAUAAUGGACGUUUAAUAGAUCAACUUGAUCAUUUAUCGACGAUGGAUAUAUUAGAAAAUGCAGAAGACCCUGAAUAUGAGAUAUUUAAAUGAAUAUUUAAAAUUUAAUAACUAUCUUAGGAACUAUCUAUAAUAAGUCUUAUUUUUAAACUUUUUUUUUAAUUGAAUCACAAAAAUAAGAUCCUAAUUAUAGAUUAUUUCUUUUAUACAUUCUCUCUAAGAAAUCUUAAUUCAACUUAACAACCCCGAACUUAUUCAAAAUGUUAAAAACAUGUUCGUCAGCUUAUAAAAAUAUUAGACAAUGUUAUGAAAAAAAGACUGAAUAUAUUAUUUAAUAUAAAAUAGAGGAGCAAUAAAUAACUUAUCAUAGAU